AUGAGUUGCUCGUGGGUCGUGGCUCAGCUAUUUAAGGCUCGAGCUUUACUUGAUUCGUGUGAUAAACAACUCACAUUCCACAGUGGCACUCAACAGGCGGUUGCCAACAUAGGCCCAGCCCAAAUACAUCCUCACAACAGCAAGGAUCACAACAAAGAGUCCACUCGAAGCCGCGCCCAAAACGAGUCUAACGGGCUCGGAUUUGGGCCCAACCGACCCAAACCAAGAAACGGGAAGGCCCACGAACAGCGCGAAGCAGGCCCCUGUGACGAAGAGCCUCGAGCCGAACUCUACAGCGUCGCCAGCGGCCCACGAGAAGGGGAAGGAGUCGGACAGGGCCUGGUACUCGUUAAUGGGCUGCUGGUCCAGGGGCACGGGGCAGCCCGUUUCUGGAGGGGUAUUGCUGAUGAGAGGGGUAUUUUGGGGAAGGUGGAUUGUGUCGGAGUUUUUGGAUAUGGUGAAGUGGUGGUUAGGACUACAUAUAAUGGGGGGAUCGACUGUGUGUGGGAUAUCCAGGUGUCGACCCUGGAAUCCGACAGCUCCAACAACCUGCAUCGAGUUCAUCCCAGUCCAUGGUACUAA